AUGAUGAGUCACCUCGCUGGUGAUGGCCGUGGCAGACCAGGCUCUGGCGCUGAGGCUACAAGCGAGGCCAAGUAUGCCGAGAGAGUUGAAGAUUCGGAUUUCAAAUUUGAGUACGAGUUUGUAGAGGAGAUCGAACGACUUGAGCAAUACAAGCCUGGUGGCUAUCAUCCUAUCGCACUCGGGGACACGCUACACAAUGGCCGAUACAGAAUUGUUGAUAAGCUUGGUCAUGGCACUUACUCAACCAGCUGGAUCGCAAGAGAUGUCAAACUUGACAAAUAUGUUGCUAUCAAGAUAUGUACCGCAAAAAGCAGCGACACAUCUUACGAGGGGGAGAUCCUUCGUCAGCUACUGGACUCCAAUGACGAAAGAAGUAUUCUCGUCUCCUAUCUUUUGGACGAGUUCUAUCUGGAUGGUCCAAACGGCCGAUACGCUUGCAUAGUCACAAAGCCAACGCGAAUGAGUCUCUCCGACGCACGUGAGACCUCUAGCUGCUAUGGCCUUUUCCACAUGCCGACUGCGUGCGCUAUCAUCGCCCAGCUAAUCCACGCUGUCGCCUUCUGCCACGAGAAGGGCAUCGCGCAUGGUGACUUACACCUCAAUAACAUUAUGUUCUGCUUUCCACCUACCACUCAUAUCGACACCCUCUCACAAGAUGACCUCCACGAGAAGUUCGGCCAGCCUGCUGCCGAGCCUCUCAAGCGUCUCGAUGGCAUUCCCUUGGGACCCGGCGUACCUAAGCAUGCUAUACCAGGCGCAUGGUUCGGUUGUAGCAGCGAGAAAGUCACACUUGCUGACUGCACUAUUUCCCUUGCAGACUUUGGCGAGGCGUAUAGAGUUACACCAGGAACAGAAGGGCAACGUCUAGAGUGCCACACGCCCUUGCGCCUCCGUCCGCCCGAAGCCAAGUUCGGUCCAUGCGAGCUAGGCCCCGCCUCAGAUGUCUGGAGUCUCGCAUGCGCCAUCUUUGAGAUCGCCGGCACCGCCCCGUUAUUCUUUGGGUCCUUCUUCUUGAACGCAGACUCAGUGACAGAGGAUUGGGUUGAUAUGCUAGGCAGACUGCCGGACAAGUGGUGGACACGGUGGGAUACACGGGCCGAAAUGUUUACUGAGGACGGCGGGAAGUCAGAUCACAGCGUGGACGAUGUGCGCGGGUCGCUGGAACAGCGCUUCGAGCGGAGGUCGCAGGAGCUGCGGCGGAAUGAGGGCAUGGAAGAGUGGAGUGCCGAGGAGACGGCGUCGCUUCUGGGUAUGCUGAAGGCUAUGUUGGUGUAUGAGCCUGCUGGAAGGAUCUCUGCCGCUGAGAUUUUGGACACCGAGUGGAUGGUGAAAUGGGGCACCCCAGCGUUGGAGGAGAUGAAGAGGGCACAGGAGGCGGCGCCAGGCUCCAAAUAA